AUGCUUCCUAGCGCUGGCUCAAAGUGUCUCCUCUCCCGUCCUUCAUCCGCUAGGCUGCAGCGUUUCACCGAAAUACCGAAUCUCACUGAAGAACAGCCAUCGUCUCGACGCGAAGGCACUGGCCUUUUGCAAACUGGGCAGCUUCCUCGCCUCGACAGCUCGCCUCUGGCUGCACCCGCGACUCCGCGGAGAACAUCCUCCCCGCUGGCAGAGCGUGGUAGGAGCUUCUCUCCCGUCGUUGAACUUCAGAAGCGCCUUCCCGCCAAAAGAAACAACUGCUUGCUCAGAAAGCUCCUCCGAGGGCAAGCUGCUGCUGCUGCUGCUGCUGCUGCUGCUGCUCCGGAGGCGAUUCUCCACACCCCUUCGCUUCCAUGGCCGUAUAGGACCCCCAUUCGAAGACUUGAAGGCACACCACACUCACCUCUUUUCUGCAGACUUUCACGCCUCCCGCCAUCCCGACUCUUCCCUCUUGGCUCCUCUGCUCCCUCCUGUGCCGCCAUGAUGCUUCGCGCAACUUCUGCAGCAGGAGCUGCCCUCGUAACAUUGCACUUCCCCCACACUAGCGCCUUGCUCCGGCAAAAUCGCUUUUUGACUGCUACUGCGCGAAGCCUUCCCGCGGCAGCUGCGGCAGCAGCAGCAGGAGCCGCUGCCGUUGCGAAUCCUGGUACUCUUUCCAAGCCUGACAAGGCAGCUUCGCAUGCAGGGGACAAACAACACGUGGUGGUGCUCGGCACAGGAUGGGCUGCAAUCAGCUUCUUUCGGAGCUUAGAUCCCUCCAAGUUUGAAGUGACAGUGGUAUCGCCACGUAACUACUUUACCUUUACGCCUCUACUUCCCAGCGUCUGUGCUGGCACUCUCACGGCGCAAAGCUGCAUCGAGCCAAUCCGAGGCUUUUCGCGGGAUCGUCGAGGACGCCGUUUGCUAAAUUUCUACGAGGCGCAUGCGACAGACGUGGAUUUUGUCAACAAGCGUGUUUCCUGCGCAAGUUCUUCCUCGCAAUUCAAGCUGGAAUACGACAAGCUCGUCAUCGCGGUUGGUGGAGACACCAACACCUUCGGGCUGCCAGGCGUAGAAAAGCAUGCAUUUUUCCUCAAGGAAGUCGAACAUGCCGUGCAGAUCAGAAAGCGUGUCAUGGCGAAUUUUGAAGCCGCAGCUCUCCCCACAACGUCUCCUCAAGAGAGGGAACGCCUCUUGCACUUUGUAGUGGUGGGGGGAGGCCCUACGGGUGUAGAAACGGCUGCUGAAUUCGCGGAUUUUGUUCGCGAGGAUAUGAAAAAAUUCUUUCCAGAGCUGAUGCCCAGUGUCGCGAUUACGCUGAUCGAGGGGGGUCCUCGGCUGCUGCCUUCGUAUGCUCCCGAGGUUGGAGAAUACGCGCAGAAAGUGCUACAAGGAACGCUGGGUGUCCGUCUACUUCUUCAACACCAAGUGACUGCCGUGGAUGAGCUCACACUCGCAUGCAAAUCAACAAACGGCGGAAACAAUGAGACACCGAGGGUUGUUCAGCACGGCUUUGUGCUAUGGGCUAGUGGUGUCGGUCAAGUGCCCUUCGUUCGCAAGCUCAUCAAGGAAAGAUUGGAAGCUGCCAGUCGGGAAGGAUGGAUGCCUGCGGUGCCUCUAAGGGCCCUUCCCGUCGACGAGUGCUUGAAGGUGUGGGGAAUUCCCGAUGUUUUCGCCUUGGGCGACUGCGCGCAAAUAUUCCCCAGAAGUCUUGCAGCAGCAGCGGACGAACUGUGGACUCGCCCUGGCUGUUGUGAUGCGUCUCUCGCUUGGUUGCGCGGGGAGGUUCCCCGCCUUGCUCGGCGUUUCCCGCAGCUGAAUCCGCUCAAGUUUGAUCUGUCUAAAGAAGCUGCGGGGAACGUCUUGACGAAGGAUCAGUUCAAGGCGCUUCUUGAACGUAUAGACACCGCGUACCGCUCUCCCGUUCCCACGGCUCAGAACGCACGCCAGGCCGGGGUGUACUUAGCCAAGGCGUUCAACAACGGAAUGGGGGCAGAGACACCGGCUUUCUGCGAAGAAUGGAAAGGAUCUCUCGCCUAUGUUGGGAAUCACAAUGCGAUUGCUCAAUUGCCAGGGUAUAUCGUGAAGGGCGGCUGGCUGUCCUUGCCUCUGUGGAAGGCGGUUUACGUCCAAAUGCAGCUGACGUGGCGAAUCCGACUGAUAUGCUGUUUCGACUGGCUAAAGACCUUCUUCGCGGGCAGAGAUGUCGGGAGAGAGCACAGCUAUUACAAGUAG